AAUGAUAAACAACUAUUAUAAUACACUGGCUAACAACUCGCUUCAUAGUCAGUCGGUUUGUUAGCACUGUUGGUAGUUGUUGUGUUUUCAGUAUAAUUAUGUUCGCCUCGACUUGUAUUUUACUCGCGUAAUAGACAAGUAGUGGUCAACAAUACCGACGAAUAUUGUACAGUGAUUUUUAAUACCUACCUAUACAAAAGAGAGGUAAGAUAAAUUAUUUUUAUUAAUUAUUUUGAUUUUUAAAACUCUAGAAACUCUUAUCCCUGUAUACAGUGAUGGAUUGGUCUAUCAAGAAAUCGGGAUUUUCCCUGUGGCUCCCUGUUCGUACUUCAUUAUGGGGCCCUUUUAGUUUUAGGACCUUAUUUUAGGUUUGAAUUUGUUUGUAGGUACCUGUGUACCAUAUGUAUAAAAAAAAAAAAACAAAUAUCCCGAAAAUUUUAAUAAUAGAUCGAUAGAUAUUCGUUUUUCGUAUUUCAGCUGUAAUAAAACACUUCUUGGCUCCGAUUAUUUAGAAUUUAAAAUAUAUUUUGUUUUUUUUUUUUAAAUAUAGGUAAAUCAUAAGUACUUACAUUUUAAUUACAAUAGUAUAAUACCGAACCUAACCUAGAUAUAUUUCCACAAUAUAUUUUGUAUAAAUGAUUAAAAUAAGUAGUAUUAAUAAAUUAAAACCACAUUAUUUUAUAUUUUUCAAUAAAUAUAGUUUAAAUAUAAGGUACCAGGACACCUAUGUAUAAUAUUCAUCAAUAUAAAAUCUUUAUUUCUAUAAAUUAGUACCUUUUGUUUCCCGUAAUAGUACCUAUAUAGGUAGGUAUGCUUACUACCCACCCACCUAUAGAAUUAAAAUAAGAUUGCUAUUUUUACUAAUUUAUACUCAGGCACUAUAGAAACCAUUUACAAAUAUAAUAUAUUAUAUUUGGUUAAAUUUUUGGCAAACCUCCGCUAGAAGUGUAAUAGUAUGGCAGAACACAAAAUGGCAAGGGUAUAUAGUUUCUGAUCUGUAUUUUUUUUUAUUUUUGAGCGAUGUAUGCGAUGUCCCGAACAAUAAGCAAUAGUUUAUUUGUUAUUCAUUAAGUAAUCAAACCAAAUCAAAUUGCUUUCUUCAAUAUCAACAAUAUCAUAAUUCGUUAAUUAAUUAUAUAAUAUUAUAUUUGACCCGGCAAUGCUAUUACUAGAUAAUAAUGUAAAUAAUAGUAAUAAUAAUGGUUUUUUUCUUAUUCGUAACAAGCAAAUUGUCAUCCAUGUCACUAAGCAAACCCAUAAAUAAACAAAAAUGAAAAUAUAUAAACAAUUAGACAUUCGUACCAAAAAUACCUAAACACCCAACUAUUGAAAUUUUCAUAGAGAUAUUAAAUUUUUUUGUAAAUAAAAUACAGCCCAUGUUACUCUCUGAUGAUAUAGCUUUUUGUAAGUGGAAAAAGUUUUAAAAUCGGUUAAGUAGUUUUUGAGUUUAUUCAUUACAAAUAUAUAAACAAACCUUUUCUCUUUAUAAUCUGAAUUAUUAUAAAUUAUAAUAAUUACUUUUACAGUAUUAUUAUAGAUAAUAAUUAAAUUUUCUUUAGGAUUUACAUGGUACCUACAUAAUUUAACGUACAUAUUAUUGUGGUUUUCGACUAAACAUAAAACAAUAUCAUUAUAGGCAUAUUAAUUAUAUUUUCCUUACGAUUUCAACUUUUUUUAUCAUAGAUUUUAUCUACCUACCUACUGAAGUCUAUUGAUUCUGUUAAGUGUUAAUAUAAUUGCAAUAUUAUAAAUAAUGGGUUUAAGUAGGUACCUACCUAAAUAAUUGUAUUGGUUUUUUAUUUUAUUUAUUUAUUUAAAACAGUACCUACACUUACUUUCUAUUAUUACUUAUUAAGUACAACUAUUUUAAUAAUUAGAUUGAUACCUAUUACCUAUAUUGCUUAAUAACAAUACCCAUACAAAUUACUAAAAAACAUUAAUAGUGAACAUUAAAUAUAUUUUGAACUUUUGAAGGUCAAAACAAUUCGUUCGUUUUAUUUAUCAGUUAUUUUAAUGUUGAAAGAUAAUUAAAUAUUUUAUACUGUAACAGAGUGGUUAGUAAACAGUAAACUAGGUAAAGAAUAAAUAAAUAAACGUCAGUUUAUUAUUAUAUCUACUCGAAUAAUUGUAUACGGGUACCUAUCAUACCAUCAUAUUUGAUAUUUCCUACUAAUAAGGUAGGUAUGCAUUUCUUACGAGAUAUAAAAAAAAAAAUUGUAUACAAUUAUUAAAAUUCGCGUAUAAUAUAGAUAAUGUGGCUAAUUUAUUAUGCAGGCAUUAAUUAGUUAAUUAAUGUGAUGUGAUGAUUUGAAAUUGUACACAUUUUUGUAUGUGUGAACAACUUUAGUACCAAAAAUAAAACGGACAAAUAAAAAUACAGCAAUAAAAAUUUCAUUUUUCAAAUUUAUUUUGGGUGUUUUUGAAUUUUGUUUUUCUAUUAGAAAUCUUGCUUCGAAUUAACAGUUUAUAAACUGGUUUUUUCCAGUGCAAAAUUUAACAGAAAUAACGGUUUUAUUAUUUUCGAUUUUUAUUUUUGUUGUACUUAAUUCGAUUUAAAAUAAUUAUAAAAACCUGCAAUUUUUUACAGAAUAUUUAUAUUAGGUUAUUCUAGACGUUGUACAAUUUUCAAACCAUUCUGGAGAUUUUUGAGUUACUUGACAAUUCUACAAGUUUCAUCAUAAUAGUAGCCAAAAAAAAAAAAACAAAAAUAACCUAUUGUAGUAAAUAGUUUUUUAUGUAGGUACACAGUUGUGUAUGAAUGUAAAGUUCAAAUUUUGAUGAAACCGUAAACAUCAUGGUAUUUAAAAACACGUUUAACUUACCUUCACUCAGAAUUGUAUUUCGAUAACAAUCGUUGCAGUUUUUUUCCUUCAAGUUUUGGUAAGUGGUGUUGAGUGAUGGCUAUGGAGGGAUAUUAUUGUAUACCACAUCAAAUUUUACCACACCAUACCGCUUCUCUAAGUUGCCAAUAAACUUUAAAAUAUGCAUAAUUAACUGUUGUUAUUGUUGUCAAUAUACUUUGAUAUUUAUGAUAUAUAUAUACUCGUAAACCAAAUUUUUUUUUGUUUUUGUAAUAUUCUGAGUUAGAAUAAAUUACAAUUCAAAUUGAAACUGAAAACUCAGCAAGAAAAAAAAUUAUAUUUUUUUUUCGUUUUUUAUAUGCAAAUUGUAUUUACAAUCUGAAAAUACAAAAACAGUUUUCUAAUGUGGGUGUAUAUGACAAUAAUAAUUAAUAAGUAAUAUUAUGUACUACAAUUUCGAAGAACGGAAUAGAGGCAGAAGUUCAUUGGUAGAACUCCUAAAAUGAAAAAAUAUAGGAAAAUAUAAAUUGUACACAGAUUUAUUACAAUCAUAAUUGAUAAUCGAAUUCUGUUUUUUAAAUUUUUUUAUUACUCACGGGGAGAAGGACUACAAAUAUAUAUACUACAAUCAAUUUUUUAUCUUUAAGUGUAAAACUUAAAAAAAUAACUUUUUAUUUUAUUGUUUUUACUAAAUUUGAUGAUGGCUCUUUUAUAGAGUUUAUUCUGAAAAUGUUGACGUAAAUAUCAACAUUUUGUUUUAAUUAAAUUUUUGAUUUUAAAUUAUUUUUUAUAGUUCCGAGAAAAAAAGUGCACAGUCAAUUAGCCAUAAUAAUCAAUUAGCGUAUGCCAUUACAGACUGUUGCAUAGUUAUAAGUACUUUUAUUAGAACAUAAAAAAAAUUAUUAAAAUUUGUUAUUUUUAAUGAAUUUAAUGAAAAAAAAGAAUUGAAACGUCAAAAUAUUCAGAAAAAUAAAUUAUAUAAAAUGAUUUUCUUCACGUUUUCGAAAAUAAUAAAAUAAAAAGUUAUUUUUUUAGACAUUUUCAAUAAGAGGGAAUGUAAGUAUAGUAAAUAAUAACAAGUAGCCAAUAUAUCGUACCAUCUCCUUCUGUUAUUAACUCGACAAUGGAAAUAUAAAGCUGGAUUCAAAACAGCGAACUUAUAUAUUUAAUAAAUCAACCUUUUCGUUGUAACUUGGCAGCAAUAUGUAACAUUAAGAAUAAAUUUAUUAAGUAAGCAACUAAUAAAUACUAAUAGUUGUAUUUUUUAGUCUUACAUAAAAUUGUAUACAUAACAUAGGUAGGUACGUAUACCUACGUGGUUAUUAUAAUCUGAAAUUCAAUUAGUCUCAUUAUUUUAGUUUUUAUACAAAUAUUUUUUUUCUUAACAGUCAGUAUUUAUCUAGGUAUAUCUAUAUUAUAAAAAAAUAUAAAUAUACUGAUAUUAAUAAUUUAUAUCAAAUUUAACCAUAAUUAAAAAUAGUAAAGUUUUGUUCCGCCGAACGAUUUUCAAAACUAAAUUAUUGCUCAUUUUCCUCCGCCUUUCAAUUAUUAACUUGUUAACUGUCUGAAUUGUAAUUAUAAUUGUAUACUAUUAUGUAUACUUAUUAUAUCCUAUUUUAAAUAAUAGGUAUAUAAUAAAAUGUGUACUAUAAUAUACUUGUAUAAUUUUUAAUCAUCCCCAAUACCCGAUAUAGGUACUUAUAUAGGUAUUUAUACUCAUCAUAUUAUAUAGUAUACACUAUAGAACAUAUAACUAGGAGCAAAUCUAAAAAUUAGACAAGGGAAGCUGAAAAACAUUCACUUCUCGUUUGCGUUAUAGAUGUGUUUUUUUAAUAUACGUCCUAUUUCUCAAGUAUUCACAUACUAAGGAGAGGAGGCUUCAGCUUCUAAAUCCCUCUACUUGUAUCGAUCCCGCCUAUAUCUACUUAAAAAAAAAAAAACUUGUUUAGAGUUAACAAAGUAUUUAAGCAUACAAAUUACAAAACUGCGCAAUGUAUUCAAACAAUAAUAAACUGUUUAUAUUAUAUUUAUAAUGUAUGUAUGGAUAGAAAUUUUGUAUAAUACAUAAUACGUCAUUAAUUUAUUAUAUAAUAUUCUGUAUGUGUAUAAUCAUACGUACUAUUGCCACGUUAGUAGGUUAGUAACUUAAAAAGGUUAUAGAUAUAAUAUCGAAGAGAGAUAUUAUAUGGGUAUGGUUUAUGUAAUAAUAUGUUUUUUAUAUAAAUUAAAAUUAUUUUUGAUACAAAGCACUAAAGAAAUAGGUACAAUGUACAUGAUUUAUUAUAAAAAAUACGAUUCUGAACAAAGUUUGGUUAAACAUGUUUUAAGAUGUCGUAACUUUUACAAUUUUCGUCAAAAUUUGAACUUAAAAAAUCGUAUGUAAAAAAAAUCUAUUGUAAUAAGUUAAUAUUUUUAAUUUAUUGUUUUGGCUAUUAAAUACAAUUUAUAAUGAAUCUCGUAGAAUUUUUAAGCGUUUCUGCUCGGCCAAGCAAUUUUUAUUCACAAUGCAUUAACCGCAUAUAACCAAAUGUAUUGAAAUUAAAAAAACACGAAAAUGUCAAAAGCUUAUUAGUAAUCAGCUAAAAAAUUGUAAAAAUGUUUUGAAAAUAAAAACACAUCUAUAAAAGGCCAUUAUAACUUAUAAGUAUUUUGCGAAGAUGUCAAUAUUUAUGAUAAUUUUUAAUGGAAUUAAAAUAAGAAAACAAAAUUUUAAAAUUUGUUAGUAUUUCCUAUACUUACGUUUUCCCCUGGUUGUUUUCCAAUUAUUAAAGAAACUACAAGGUAAAUCAAAAAAAUGGUUUCAAUAAUAUUGCUAUAGGUACUACCAAUAAUAUAGUAAACAAAAUCACAACAAUAAUACGCGUUUCUCUUUUACAUUUUUGAUACGCCAUAAUUUUUUAGGAAAAAUAUUGUGCCCACUUACUUUGUUUACAAUUUUCGACAACACUGACCUUGAUGUAGCAAAAACAUAUUUUUUUUGUUAAGACUCGCCUGCUAUAAUAUUAUACCUAGUGGUAGUAUUGAUUGUUGAGUAUUGACUACCUUAUACUAUAAUAUAUAUUAUAUUGAGCCUACCAUAUAAAGUUUUUUUUUGUGUCGUUUUUGUUAUGCAUGAACAUUAUUCAAGGUCAUUGCUUACCCGUUUUGCGUCACUUGCGCGCAGAUUAACAUGUAUAGAAAAUCAAAUUGAUUCAUAAUAUUAUUAUAAUUAUUGGUUUUUAAUUGAUUUCAAUAAUUUAGUAAAUACAUUUGAUUAACAAACAUUUUUAUUUUUUAAACAAUUGAAAACAACUUAUGAAAAUGUUGAAUUGACAACAAUUUAGAAGUAUAGAUAUAGUCUUUUAGUAAUAUUGUUUAUUUUAAAAUUCAAAGAAUCGUAUAAAACAUUUACACGUAGGUUGGUACGGUGACAAAAUAGCUAGGUCGGAAUAGAAUAUACAAUCGAUUUUUUUUUUUUUACUUCCUGUAUAAACAAACAACACAAAGACAAAUUACAAUAAUUGCUUAAAUUUACUAUACUCAGCGUUAAAAGAUGGUACCAUUAGUUUUACACCAUUUAUUGCGGACUUUCAUAAUAAAAUAUAAUAUUAAUACCUAGCUUACAUUAAUAGAUUUUUUUAAACUACAUCAGUUUUGAUUGAAAACUUGAAUGUGUGUAUUAAUUUAAUAUCAAAUAUAUAUAUAUUUUUGAGAAAUUAGCUAUCUAAGGCAGAGCCGUAUCUAGAUUUCCGUUUACAAGGAGGGGAGGAGAUAAAAAAUAAUAAUCAAUAAAGAUAUGUUUUUUCAAUAUUUAUAAUUAUAUCAAUAGAAUCUAUACUUUGACAUAUUGUGUAAUAAGUAAUAAUAUUUUUAAGAUUAAACAAAAAAAUACGAGAAAUUAAAUUAAAUCAUACGUAAAUACUAAUUGUAGUACAUUAUACAUAUAUUAUUUUAAAAUAAUAAAAUACUUCUAUUUUUUUUUUUAAGGGCAAACUUGUUUAAAGUUUCUUUUAUAUUCUGCCUAUAACCGCAGAGCCGGAUCUAGAUUUUUCUUAUUGUCAAUAGCCAUCCAUCGAUAGCAGUUUAUUUUUAAUACAUGCCUAUGCAACUUUCGUAAUAUAACAUUAAAAUAAUAAUUGUGCUGUUUUUGUGAGACCAGGUUUUUUUUAAAAUUGUUAUUAGCUUCUACACAUGAAAUAUAUUAUAAUACUUGAUAAUUAAUAGCAAGGAACAAAAAAAAAAAAAAGACUAAUAUUAGUGGAGUGUUCUAACGAUGAAAAUUACGUUUCGAUUCCGUGGUCGAAGAAAGAAGACAGUAAAUGCAUAUAAUUUUAUUGGGUCAUCUUCUUAAUAAUAGUUAAUACAUAAUGUGGUAUCUUAUAAGUUAUAAUAAUAUUAUGUGUAUCUCGUAUACAUUUUAGUUUUGUGACAUUGAAUUGAUUUAUCUAUUUCAACUUCCGGUGUACUAUAGUUCAUAGUUAUACAAGGUAAUUCGCUAUUGAUAUUCCCAAAGCAUUUUUUUUAUUGUCUAUAAUAUAACCUACCUAGUUUUAAACUUAGCUAAUCAAAAUUUGUAUGAUUGAUGAAUUGAGAUUUUAAUUUGUACAAUGACUACAAUCAUAUUAGUUGAAUUGAUUCACAAAUGUAUAAGUACUUGGUGUCUAAGUAAAUACUAUUUUAUAUACACUUUAAUUGAAAAAGUGUUACAUAUUAUAAUAUUUCUUGUAUGCCAUACAAUUAUAUAUUUCUUUAAAUCGACAUGAAACUUAAGUAGUUCAACUAUAGUGAGAUUUUGAAAUACAGUAAUAUGUAAUUACUUUCAAAUUAAAUAUGACAAUAUACACUCGUUUAAUAGUGUUCAAUUAUUGGUCUACUCUAGUUACAAAAUAGUAAUUACUUUAUAUGAAUAUUGUAUAUUUUUAUAUUACACAUUCUGUACAAUUUAUGUUUACGCAUAUAAAUGUAAUAAAUCGUAUAAUCAUAUUUUAUAGAAAAUAUACUAAGUGUAUGGACUAUUCCAGAGAAAUUUAUUUAAUAACGAACCUGCAAUUUUCUAAGUUGAUUUUUCUUGUAUUCAAAUUUAAAUAAACAUGAAACUAUAACAUUUUUACUGAAAAAUUGAAUAUUUUAUUUUUUCUGUUUGCAAUCUAUAAUAAAUUAUAUAACAUAUCCAAUAAAUAUAUUUAAAACAAAAAAAAAAAAAAACAGUCUCAAAAAAAGAACGCUGUCAUACAUUUGAAAAAAAAAAUAUGCAUCAAAAAUGUAUUGAUAUCAAUAUUUGCCAAGCUUUUAAUAUUCUCAGAUCCCGUUCUCUAAUUUCCGUAUACUUACAUCUUUUCGCAUCAUUUUUAUGUUUCACCUUUGAACUUUGCCUGUUGAUUUUUACAAUUUUUAAAUUUAAACACUAAUAAAAAUAUGAAUACAUUACCCUCAAUUUUUUGUUUACUACUUUAAAAGUACUAAGUAUAGGUACAAAUUAUGAUGACCUUUGUGUUAAAUUAUCUAGCAUUUUUACUCUUGAAACUGUUUUUGCGUACAUUUUCACGUUUUCCCUGAAUUUAUCCGGAGUAUUUCAAUUAUUAAAAGAACUAAAUUUUCUUUCAAUAACCUUCCUGAAAGUUGAUUAUCGUAACAAGAUUUCUAGAGGAAAAUGUUUUCAUAGAUAAGUGGCAUCCAGUUUUUUAAAUUUUUUAGCUUUAAAAAAAAUCUUUUUUUCAUGGGCAUUUUUCUACAAAUUAAAAUACUUAAGCGUUAUUAUGGUAUAAGUUAUAACACAAUUUUAAUCUUGUCUGUUUAUAAAUUUAAGCACUAUCUAUAGUUGUAAUUCUAUAAGAUUAUGAACAAUAUUUUGUUUAUAUUUAUUACAGAUACUAUUUUAAAUUGGCAUCAAAAACAAAACAAUUUUUGUGCAAUUAAAAGAUAAAAAUUAACUUUCUACAAUCUACAUUACAAUAUCACAGUGACGUGUUUUAAUUAUAUUAGUCUAAAAAAAUGAAAUAUUUAUCUCAACUAACUUAUUAAAUAUUAUAAAUCAUUAUUAGAUAUUUAAAAACGUCAAAUUGAAAAUUAUAACAUUAUAUAUAGUUCUGUGGUAGAUAUCUAUUGUUUUUAAUACUUAGCGAAUACGAGUAUGAUUUAUCGUUAGGUCAUUAGCCCUUAUAUACACAUAAUAUAAUAGGUCAUGAUUUAUUGAUAUGCCAACUACAAGUUCAUCAUAACAUUUUGUUUUCAUUUUAUUUGAUGGAUUAUUCAUACUUUCAAAAAAAAAUAAUACGUACCUAUUUGCUCCUUCGUUUUUUUUUUUUGCAAUAGGAAUUAUUCAGUGUUGUAGAAAUUGUCCAGUAUUGUUUUGAAGAUUCGCAUUUUACAUCAAAUAUAACAUUCCAUUGCCACAUGUUUGUUGCUUAAUAUGAUAAGUGUAAUAGUGUUUUAUUAAUUAAUAGUAACUAAUCCGUCUGAGCUAACUUAAUUUUUUUUUUUUGAACCACCACAAGAGGGGGAUUUCUUUCGCAUUGCUUUCUCUCAAAAACAUAAAACUAAUUAAUUAAACUUACUUACUUAUUAGUAUCUAUUUACAAAGCUACAAAUCUAAUUGUUUUUAAAAGCGUUAUCACUAUAAUUUAUAAUAAUUGUAUAUUUGUAUAUCAAUUCGAUCGGCAACACGCAAAGUAUAUACUCAAACCGUUAUUCUUAUAUUAUAUGGCAUUUAUAACUAUAACCUAUAGUACGUUAGUAUGUAUACUAGUGAAAAUAAGUACGGGAAUUUUAAAAUGUAUAAACAUUUUCUUAAUAUAAGUACUUAAGUACUAAGUAGAUCCCUGAGAUCAAUUAUAUUGGUACGCAAUUUGUAUUCUGUUUGAGACUAAAUACGAUUUGGGUGAAACGGUGUUUUUUUUAAUUUACAUAACAUAUUUUUAAUAGGUCUAGGUUAGGUGUCAUAAGUAGGUACCUGGUACAUAUACAUUUAUAAGUUCAUAUACAGAAUAAUAUGUGAAAGUAGGAAAUUUUACACCGGUUAACAUGUUCUACCUUUACAUUUUAUAGGUUACUAUACAAAUUAUAUUACGGUUUAGAUUAUCAACAGUUAUUUUUACAUUGAUUAUGUUGAUAGUAGGUACAGUUAAAAUUAUGUAUAUAAUAUGAUUCAUAUAUAAUUUCUUAUUUAAUCUUAUUUAAUGGACUAAACUAAAUUUAUAAAUCCACCUAACGAUUUUUUUUAUGACGGAAAUUGAUAAAAGUAAGGGUAAACUAUUAAAUCCUAUAUAGUACAUUUAGUAGAAAAAAAUGUUUUAAUUUAAAAUUCAAAGUAGUCUUUAAUGUACGAAAUUAUAAAUAUGUUUUAAAUAGGUUUACGCAGUUAUUCUUUGACUUUCGUAGUUCAAUGCUUUCGGAAAUUUCGUAAAAUUAAACAUUGUAAACUAUAAGUUCCCACGAACAUUUUUUUCGAGAAAGAUCAGUUUAUAAUGACGAAUAUCAUUUCUAUCUAGAAAAGGCAAAUAUAAACAAAAAAAAUAAACAUCUUAGUUAAACCAAUACAUUUUUCACUACUCUCAGAAUCUAAAAUAUAUUAAAAUCACGAGAAAAACCGUCAAUAUCCAAGCAUAGCUGUUAAUUUUAUUGUUAUCGAGUAUCAUUGAUUACUAAUGAGUAAUGUAUAUUUGUUUAGAACCCAGGGUGACGUCACUUUAUUGCUAAUUGACUUUUAUCAGUAUUAUUAUUUCCUAAUGCUCUGUUUAUUUAAUCAUAAAUACAAAUUUAAAUAAUCUCGUGAUGUUAAUUACAAUAAAACCACGAAAUAUAGCAUGUUUUUUUUUAUUUAUAAAACGAUAUCUUUAACUGUUUUCGGUUGGCGUAUAAAUAUAGAUAAAUAAAUGAUAAAUAUAGGUUUAUACUUACUUAAGUUCAAAAUAUUUAAAAAUUAUGUAUCAAGAAGAUAGUGGUGGAUUAAGAUAUAAGGGUAAAUACUGGGGUCAAUGAGACUGUAUUGGUAAAACCCCCAAUAAAAAAUUUGUAUCUGUACUUUUAAGACGGGUCCAUUGACAACAGUUAAAGAUACAUAUAUACCUGCAUAUACCCGAAUAAUAAAGCCAAAUUUCACAUCACAAUAAGGGAACUAUUGUUAUAGGGAGGAUAUUGAGAGGGUAGGAUAAAUCAUUGUGAACGAAUUCUGAGCAAGGUUUUUUUUUUUUUAAUAAAUAUGAUUAUAAAAUUGUAUUGAUUUAUAAUAAGUAAUAUAGGUAGGUAACGAAAGUUGGUGGUUUUCUAUUUUUCCGUUUUUGAGAUCACCAUAAAUAUUCCGAUUGAAUUGUUUAAUUGAAAAUGUAUUUAAUUAUUCGGAAAUUAAUGUUUUAAAAGUUCCUAUCAAAUUGAGAUACUCUAAAUGAAAUACUUAUCUUUAAACUUUUUAGCAAUAACUUAAAGUUAUUACUAAUAUAUUUAUUGUUUAUUACCAUCUCAUUUACAUAUUUGUAUUGAUCUAUAUAACUAAAGGUUAUAUAGGUCAUUAACUUAGUGUGAUUAUUGCUGUAAUCGUGGCUAAAUAAAUUUACUUCGCAGUGACUUUGAUUAUUUACAAAGGACAUAGGUACAUAUUAUUAAUUAUUGCAAUUAAUCUAUUUAAAAAUGCUCAUUUUUUAAGUACUUAUUUUAAAGUGGCAUGUGGCGUGAUGGGCGUGAAUAGUAUAUAAUGGGUGUGUGUAAUAUAGUUCUUACAGUAUAAUUUGGUUUGGUUAAUGGUUAUAUUAUUAUUGUGUUAUUUUUAUUUUUAUUUAAUUUACACUAAAAUAUUAUUAAACAUUGGGCUGUUGUAGAUCUACAGUAUUUUAUCAUUUCUAUAUUUAGUUCAGUUUAUCGGCUAUUAUAUAACUGUAUAAUAGGUGACAUUUUAGGAGAUAAGCAACUUAAAAAAAAAAAAAAUUGGUCAAAAUGUUUGCUAAAUUAAUGUUUAAUGUUAUUUUAACAUAUAUAUGUAAUAACUAAUAUUUAUUUCAGGGGGGCAGGUCCCCCUCCUAACGAGCACUCAUAUCUGCAGAUACUGCUAAUUAAUAAUUAGGUAAACCGAAAACCGGUUAAACCACCGAGUAAAUAAUAUAAAAAAGAAUUUACUAUGUGAUUAUUAAUAGUUCAAUAACUAUUCAAAUUUGAAUGUUUUAUAAAAAUGCAAAACAUAAGAAAAAUAUAUUUGUUCAUUAGUUGUAAUUGGUACCUAUAGCUUAUAGGUGUCAUAAUCUUAGAUAAGUUCCUACUUAGUAUCUAUAUUAUAUAUUUUAUAUAAGUAGGUAGUAGUAUUUGUGUACUACCACACAAAUAAUGCUCUACUAACUUUCCUCUAAGCCAUAUCAAAACUUAAAAGUGGAAUAUCUGGUCAUCGAGUUGAUCGUUGAUGGAAAUCAAAAAUGUCAACACUAACAUUCAUUUAAAUUAAUACUCUGUUUAUUGACGAAAUUUUCAAUAUAGGUUGCCAUUUUAAAAUCAAAUAUAGGCAGUUUAUUGACCCCCAAAAUUAAAGGUGACAGAAAAUAAUGGUAAAAAUAAUAAAUAAUAUAAAAUUUUAGAGUUAUUUAUUUCUUAACUUGUCAAAAAAAAAAAAAAAUCCGAAAAAGUUAAUACUUUCCAAGAUAUCGCAGUGAUCGUGGGACACCCUGUAGAGACAUGGAAGUGACUUACGAAGAGCCUAAAGAGGUCAUUGAUAUAAUGGUCAAAGUACCAAGACGUAUGAAUAUUUUUUAUAAUAUAAUUAUUAAUUAACAUAUAUGUACAUAUAUAUAGUAAUGAAUAAUUAGGAUAAUUAUGAACAUUUUACAUUUUUUCAGACCCCCUCCCAGCAUUUUUUCCUGCGAUUGCCUCUACGUCAAUAAUAUUACAUUCACACUCAUUCAUACUACAAAAUAAUAUAGGUAUUAGGUGCAUAAUAAUGAUAAUAGGUAUUUAAUGAUCAUGAAUUAUUAAAUUUGAUAAUUUAUAAAAUGAAUAGUUUAAUAUUAUAAAAUAAUAUGCCUAUAUAAAUCACCAAUAGUAUUAAUUUUUUUUAAAAAAAUCACUAAAACUAAUCACUAACAAAUAAAAACAUAAUUAGGUAUUUCAAAAAUUAUUUAUAAUUACAAUAUAUAAUAGAUAUGGAUAUCAUAUGCGUGUGUGGUAUGUAGGUAAAUAAAAUUUCUUGUAUACCUAAACAGCAACACUACCGGAAUACAAGCCCGUAUACCGGGGAGAGGGAGGUUAGGGGUUCAACCUCCCAAAAAUGUUAAAGUAGGUUUAUAUUUAUAAUAUAACAAAGACUAACUACAAGUUCAUGUAUUAAAACUAUUUUAACCGCUCCCUACGAAAAUUGAUCUCCUGAAUACAUGCUUGCCGGAACGUUUUACAUUUCAGACCCAUAUUUGAAAAUAUGAAUAUAAAAGUAUCUACCUACUACUAUUAAUAUAAUAUGUCUAUACUAUGUACUGUAUACGUAUGUAAUUUAAAUUAAAUAUUUUGAUUUGUUAUUAAAUUAACACUUUUUUAAAAAAAACUAGGUAUUUUUAACUAUUUUUCGUGCGAAUAUAUUAUAUAAAAGCCACUGUCACGCACUUAAAAGUCUGAACUGUUAUUUCCAAAUAUCUACCUAUAGUUAUCUAAUAAGAUUAUUAACAAUUGAAGGUCAUUAUAUUAUCAGGUAUAGGUACUUUUAAUCGAUUUAUUUUUCGUCUAUAAAUUUUAGAUAAUUUAUAAAAAUCAUAGGCGGGGGGUUUUGAAUUGAUAGUAGCGGGUAAGUAGAUAUAACGAUUUCUAAAUAUAAAAACAAAAUAAAUAAACCACUAUAAUAUUAUUGUUACCAUUAAUAAUAUUAUUGGUCAUUUAUAUCAUUGUAUAUAGUAUUUGAUAGCAUAGUAGGUAGUGAUUACACUACUAAUAGGUAUUCAUGAACAUGACAUAUCUUAUCUUUCGUAGUAAACUGUAGGUACCUGUCUAUAAAAAUAGUUAUUAGUAUUGUAGCUGUAGGUACCUUCCUAUUUAUAAUCGAUGUUAUCAAUUUGUUUUUAUUUAAUUCAUAAACAAAUAUGCAUUUUACGUAUUUUACAAGGUAUCAUUUAACUUCAUUCGAUGUUUGUUUGUUUCAUUGCUCGUUAGGGUUAAAUUUUGUACCUAUUUGAUAAUUAAUCUACCUAUCCACCUAUUUUUCGAUCUUCGAUGAGAUUGAGAGCAUAAACUCGCAGGAUGUGUGUAAACGGGUCGACAUUAACUCGACAAUAAUAUUAUAUAAUAUAAAGAAAAAUUCUGAGCGAUGUUCGGUUAAAUAUGCCGAGAUUUUCACGAUUUUUGUUAAAAUUUAAACUUAAAACGCCUUUAAAAAUCAACUGCUACAUUAUAUGCUCAACUUGCUUUAUUACCAGCAAAUACAACUUGUGAAAAACACCGUGUUAAAUUUGCAAACAUUUCUGCUCGGUUAGUCGGUUAAAACUAAUUUAUCCUCAUAAAAUCGUAAAAAAAAAACGCGAAAAUUUAAAAUGUUUAUAAAUAGCUCAAAACCGCCAAAAUGUUUUAAAAUAUUACCACAUCUAGAAAAUAUACCUAAGUAUUCUUUGAAAGUUUCAAUUGUUGAUGUGUCUAGAUCAUUUUAAUCGAAUUACAAUAAAAAACAAAAUUGAAUAUAACGGAAACCGUUAGGUUUAGCGUACAUUUUCCCGUUUUUCUCACUAUUAUUAAGAAAUCUACACGAAAGAUUAAAAAAUGGUCUCCCAAUGCACCAACUAAACAAAAAUUUUCUUAUAGAAAAAAAAUACCAGGUACACUUGAAGAUUUCUGGUAGAAAAGUUGUUGACACAUAAAAGAAAACCACAUCACACUAAAACCAAUAAAUUCUCGCUGCGCUCAGAAUAAUAAAAAAAAAUAAAUAACAAAAUUGUGAAUCGAGAUCAAAAGUUUUAUCGUUUGUUUCAAGCCCGCAAAUGAGAAAUAUUUAACUCUUAUUGUAGGUAAGUACUUACAUAAUAAUUAAUCAAUAAUCGUACCGAAUCAGUAAUUUUUACCUACCUAAAUUGCCUAAUAUAUCUAUGGUACCUGCAUACUCGUAAUUUGUAUGGUAGUACCGUUGUGCUUGUGCGUGAUGAUGUGUAAUGUGUUUAAAGGACUGUUCCGCGUGUCGCUGUAUAAACAAUAAUAUACUAGGUACCUUAUAAUAUGUAUGUAUAUAUAUUUUUUUUUUUAUACAGUAAUAUCGAUUUCGAAAUGUGUAACCACCAACCGUGUAGGUACUGCACCAUCGUCUAGAACAUAAUAUUAUGUAGUAAGGCCAUGUGCUUCAGUGUGGAUAACAAUAAUGGGUAUAAUAGUGAUAACCCGAGACCGCGGUGUUAACCGUAUUGCAGGUGUUUUUUUCAUAACGGAUUACUCGGUGAUUUUUAAUUAAAUUGAACUCUAUAUAAGAUUCUAUGAAACAUUAGUUGUGCGCGCCGACACACUAUUGUGGCGAUCGCGGUAUAACGUAGGUAAUGUUAUGUUAUUGUCCUUGGGGUUAUUGGUCGAAAUUUUGAAAUAACAAAUAAUUAUACAAUUUAAAGAUAAUAAAUAAAUCAUGACUAAAUGCAAUCAUAAUAUUUAUUAGGUAUUCUAUUUUCUUCGUUGCCCCCCUCCCCCGUAGUUUUUUUUAUUUGUCGGCUUGACAAAUAGUUGCACUUCGUACACACACCGGCACGCACUGGCGUGCACACGCUCCUUUGUACCAUUGUGCGUCAAGUGCAAAUCAGCUGUUCGGUGAAAUCGAAAUUGUCGUUCAGCGUUCUGGCGUUCAGUAUCUUCGAAUAUCAAAACAUUGUAGCUGUUGUUUAUUACACUCGUGUAGUCAUGCGUCGUAGGACUAGAUAUUAUGAUUACACUAAAUAAUAAUCUAAUACAUUAAACAAAUCGCAUUUUAAACUCAAGUAGUCCAGUACUCCAGUAGGUAUUUAAAAGUAUUAUUUUUUAGUAUUGUAUUAGGGUUAAAGUCCGGUCUAGUUGCUUGAUUAAACUAUCCGUGGAAUGUAUAAUCAACUGUUUAAAAUAUACCUAUUAAUUUUUAAGUGUGUACACAACUCAGAAUACCAGUUUAUUAUGGGAUACCUAAAUUAUUUCAUUUUUAAUAAUUAAUUGUGUUUUUCUUUUUCGUUAAUUUAGUGGUCGCCACAAUAUUACCAGCUUGAACAUAGGAUGAAUUAUUUAGGGAAAUUCAUUAGUAAUUUUAGGCAUGUUUACAAUGAGAUUAACCCAGCCACCUUAACUGGAGCCAUCGAUAUUGUUGUUGUGGAACAGCCGGAUGGUACAUUUACAUGUUCACCAUUUCAUGUUCGUUUUGGCAAGAUCGGUGUACUACGUAGCAGAGAAAAAAUAGUAAGUAAAAUUUUGAAUCUGUCUAUAUGUCUAUACUUAUAUAGGUAUUAAAUAGUAGGUAUAUAACUUAUAAUAUGUAUGUACAUUUAUUUUGGAUAAUUUAAUUUUAAAUGUUUAAUUAUGAUACUUGCCUUUUGUUUUAAAAUUAUUAUUAUAUUACUUAUAAUAAUUUAUAUAACUAUAACUUGUAAAGUUUUAACAUACUUAUUUAGGUAAUUCAUAUACUAGGUGUUUAUUAAAAGUAAGAAAGUGCUUUAGAAAGUUAGCAACAAUUUGCUCAAGUAGUUUAAUUUAGUAAAAUGAAGUUUUUGUGGAUACAUGUGUCAGUGUGCUUGUAUGUCUCAGAAAAAUUUAAAUUAAAACAUUUUAUCUGAUAGGUACUUAUUUUAUUUGGAAUACGCACAAUAAUUGUGUGAACAUAAUUUUCAAAGUUAUAUCAUUGAUUUUUUAAUAUACAGAUAAGCCAUACUGGUAUAUUUAAUUUAAAAUGUAGUGUAUGCAUUUUAAUUAUUACUUAAAUAUAAGUUUUAUCUGAUUUAGUCUAUUAUUUUUUUUUUAACCUUAGUUAUAAAUUUAAUAUAAUUCUGAAUAAAUAAUCUUUUUGUUUAUAGAUAGAUAUAUUUAUAAUGUAAUAGAUAAAAUAAAUAAUUAUAAUUUGUAUGGAUAUUAUUUAUGUAUUUAGACAGCUUACCUACUUAAUGUCUGACCUUUUUAAAAAAAACAAACUAAUUACUCUUUUCAUUAAAUGUAUACUUUUUUAACAUAGGUAGUUGUUAUUAUUAUUUUGUACUUAUUUCUAUCAAGAGUAUGUACUUAUGCAUAUUUAUGUGCACAUUAUUUUAAGUUAAUACCCACUUGUACAACAAUUGACAUUAUUUUUUGUUUGUUUACAAUGAAUCAUUUUUUAAAUAUUACAUCACAGUUUUAGCAUCUCAACUGGAAGACAAAUUUUGUCUUCUGUUUAUCCUAAUAGCCAGAUCUAUAGUACUUUCCAAUAAUCAAUAGAAUAAAUCUGUAAGUUUUCAGUGAAGAUUCUGAAAUAAACAAUGAGUAGUUUCCAUAAUAGGAUAGAAAAAUGCUAUCAGCGAAAUAACGAGAUAAAUUUCAAUGAUACUAUUUUUAAAACCCAAAAUGUUUGUCAUUCAUUCUUAAAUGGCCAAUAUUUUUUUCCACAUUUAUUUUUUAUGUUUAUUUGGCUACCGUGUUAGUGUUAUAAGUAAUAAAAAUUAUUAUAACUUCCUGUUACUCAUUAAAAAAAAUGUGUAAUUUAUUAUUGAAGUUCACAAUGCAGGUUAGGAAAAAAUUUACUUAUUACCUAAAUAAUUGUUUUAUUUCUACCCGCCAAGUUCUUCUAUUAUAUAAUUAGUGCUAAGAUUCGUACAACUGUGUGAAGUUAUUAGGAAAUUAAAAUGUUGUUAAGUAGUUAUCCCUCAACAAAGUUGUUUAGAAUGAAUGAAUCAAUCACCUAUUUAACUAUAUUUUAUUAUUAGUGUUAUGCACUUCCUCUACCCUAAAUUAUUGUUGGAAUAAUGACUCGUAACUUUUUUUAUUUAAUUUCCGAGUGAAUGUGCUACAUUCAUGCAUUGUUUUACAUUUACUUAGGUUGAAAUUGAAAUUAAUGGAGAACCUGUUCAACUUCAUAUGAAACUUGGAGAAUCAGGUGAAGCCUUUUUUGUUGAAGAAAUAUCAGAAGAAGUUGAUAUUGAAACAAUACCACCUCAUUUAGCAUGCUCACCAAUACCAGAUGAUGAAGAGUAAGAAUUUCUAAUAUUUCAAAUAUUAAUGUGGUUUUAAAUAUUAAAUAAAUGUAUGUAAUACAAUUUUAGACUGAAGACUAUAGAAUAUGCUAUUAACUCUGAACAAGCUGGCCUCAAAACAUUUUGUGCUGAAACUGUUGAUAGUGGUAAUCAAGAUUUUCAAUCAUCAAAAUUUCGACCAAUUGAAGAUUCUCCACACAAACCACAAAUGCGUAAACGUCGUCGUAAAAAAUCUAUGAUCAAACGAAAAGUCAAAGAUGAAACCAAAAAACUUGGAAAUACAUUUGGUUCAUGUAAUCUUCCAGCUAUUUCUUGUUUAAUAGAUAAUGAUGAGCGUUCCCAAGAACAAUAUUUGGAUAAUGAUUUACAUUUCUUUAGUGACACAGAUGCAUCUCCAAGUUCAAAGUAAGUAUAUUGUUUUAAAAAUAUUUUACGAGAUGCAUAUAUAUGUUUCUUUUGUUUUAGUUCUGGUGAUGUAAAAUAUAAUUGUUCAACUGUCCAGUCUGAUACUGAGUAUGAACUUCAACAAAGAUCAAGAGAUUCUGCUGUUGAAAGUCUUAUUGGUACUUCAGCUACAAAUAAGUCUGAUUUAAAUAAUAGUUCUAGUGAUCAUCAAUCUUGGCGUUGGGGGGAAUUACCUACCCCACCUGCUCGUCGUAGUAGUUUAGAUUCUGAUGAUCCAAAGUCAAAUUUACAAGAAGUUAACAAAAAACAAGAAGCUGCUAAUCAAAGAUCAAUGUUAGCAAAUAUGUUGGGAUUCAUGAAAAAAACUAAACACAUUCGUCAUAACUCUUCUGAAAAUGGAGGGAUAUAUUUGGCUGAUUUAUGUGCUGAUCAAUUAGAUCCUAAAGUUUUAGAAUUAUAUUUGUAUAAUCAAACAUCACCCAGACAGGAAGAAGGUAAAGCAACUGAUGAAGAUGAUGUGGAGUCUGGAAGAGGUGCUUCGCUUUCCCAUUCACCUACUAGUAUGGAUAGAGAAGGACCAAAAUCAAUUGAUAGUGAUUUUGAUGAAAAAUUUGUUCAAAAGUUAGUAAGAAAUUUAUUUUUAAAUGUAUGAAAUAUAAAUAAUAAAAUAUAUUAACUGGUGAUAUAACUUUAUAGUUCACCGUGUGAAGUGUCUAUUUCAUUAUGUGGAGGUUUAGAUCAUUUAAUAAAUGAUGAUUACAUAAUUGAAGAGAAAUUUUCCACACAUCAGAUUUCUUACGAAGAAUUUACAUCAGAUUUCAACAAUCUCGUGAAGAAUCCUAAUUUAGUGGUGCGCAUAAAUAAAAAAUAUUAUAGUUGCCAGACUGCUUUACCUCAUUUGAUCUCAAUAGCUGCUUAUCAAAAAAUAUUACCUCAGGUAUAACUUAACUAUGCCAUUAAAAAAGCCAUUAUUAUUCACAUUUAUGAUUAUUAUACAUUUUUUUUCUUUCUUGUAUAUCUAAUAGUUAAUACAUGUUUAUCAAUUAUUGUAUAGAACGAUGAAACUAAGAUACAAGAAGAAAACACUAAAGGUCUUAAUCGAGGUUAUUCGUCAUGGUUCAACUGGAGCCGUGCCAGUAAAGAUAAAAAGUCAAUUUCACCAACAGGCAAGUUAAAACUUAAUUUAUCAUGUAUUUAUUUUGAUUUUAGUUUAAAAAAAAUAACAUAAAUGAGUUAUUAUUUAGUUCUAUUUGGUAAACUUACAAAAUAAAAUCAUGUACUGUAGUACUAUAAUAUAAUUUUCCAAUAAAAUAUUUAACUUGGUUUUUUUUAGUUUAAUUUAAUUUAUUUACAGAAGGUAAUGUUAACAUUACAAAAACUGAUGGUUCCAAUAUUUUGUCAAUACAACUAAUACAAAAUAGUGAUAUAAACGAAUGUGUAAAAUCAGAAAUUGAUGGAAAAAUUGAAAAUGAAUUGGUAACAUCUAAUGAUACUUACGUGUAAGUUUAUCUUUUAAAAGGAAAUAUUAUUUUUGUCUUAUUUUAUAAAUAUUUAUAUUUAGCCCAAGACAACGGUGCUACAGUUCAACAGAUUCUGAGCUUGAAUUAGAAACAACUAAACUUUCACUGAAGUCAAAGGAUAAGAAUGAUAUUUGUAGAAAAACAUUGAGAUUAACUUCUGAACAAAUUGUAAGUAUUUAAAAUAUAAACUCAUACUAAUAAAAAUUGUAACAUCCUUAUUUAAUAUUGAUUUUUAAAUUUCUACCUUGUUUUUUUAUUAAUUAUUUGAAAAAUCAAUGUGAGAUAUAAUUUAUUUAUACUGUAAAUACACUGUAACACAAAUUUUAAACUGUUCAUCUAUAAAUUUAACUAUUUUAAAAAAAAAAUUAUAACAUUGAUUUUUCAAAAAUUGUUGAAGUUUUUACAAAUUAUCAGUAGUUUUCUUUUCAGUUAUUACAAUUUGAAUAAGUAUUUAUACAAAAUUAUAUUAUAUUAACUCAUAUAAAAUAAUUUUUGUAAUUUUGCAUGCUCUGACUACUAAUUAAGUUUAAAAAAAAAAUGUAAAAUAUAAAUUACUAUACCUAUAUAAUAAUUAAAACCACCAAACAUUUUACAAAAUAACUUGAAUUCUUUUAAUAGAAUAUUAAAAUUUAAACUUUUGCAUUUUAAAAUCUCCCACCUAACCUAUAAAAAAAUUAAUUUUUUUCAGGCAAAAUUAAAUUUAAGAGAAGGUUCUAAUGAAAUUGUAUUUAGUGUAACAACUGCUUAUCAAGGUACUAGUCAUUGUAAAUGUUUCUUAUUUAAAUGGCGAUAUGAUGAUAAAAUUGUUAUAUCUGAUAUUGAUGGCACCAUUACUAAGUAAGUAUAUAUGGCAAUUUUUGUUUUUAAGAAAUUAUAAUAUAUUUAUUUAAUAAUCAUUUUAGAUCUGACGUGCUAGGUCAUAUACUUCCUAUUGUUGGUAAAGAUUGGGCUCAAAGUGGUGUUGCCAAAUUGUUCACUAAAAUUAAAGAUAAUGGUUACAAAUUAUUAUACUUGUCGGCUAGAGCUAUUGGCCAAUCCAGAGUAACUAGAGAUUAUUUAAAAAGUAUCAAACAAGAAGAUCUAUCUUUACCUGAAGGACCUGUGUUGUUAAAUCCAACUAGCCUAUUGAAUGCAUUUCAUCGUGAAGUUAUUGAGAAAAAACCUGAAGAAUUCAAAAUUUCUUGUCUCAAAGAUAUACAAGCAUUAUUUCCAGUUGACAAUAAACCUUUUUAUGCCGGUUAUGGUAACAAAAUAAAUGUUAGUUUUCAAUAUUAAUAAUUUUUUAUAUGAGAAUUUACUUAUUACUAAAUGAUUAUUUAUUAAUAUAAUUUUGUUUUAAUACAUGUUUAAUAACUAUUAGUGUUUAUGUUGUAUUAUAUUUUUAAGAUGAUGAUGUUUUACCAUCAUCUAAUAUUAAUUAAAUAAUAUCUCAUUGAAUACUCUGUAUCUUAAUUAAUAUUUUAAAUCAAAAUUAUUCUUAUUUUUUUUAAAGGAUGUUUGGUCUUAUCAAGCUAUCGGUAUACCAAUAUCAAGAAUAUUCACCAUAAACCAUAAGGGAGAAUUGAAACACGAAUUAACUCAAACGUUUCAGUCUUCGUAAGUGUUGAAUUAGUUUAUAUUCUUCUUUUCUUUUGUUUUCUAUUCAUUUAUAAAAAUGUCUUAUUCAGUUAUUUUGGGCAGAGUUGUAUUGUUAAUGAUCUUUUUCCGGUUUUGACCUGCGGCGAUGACGUUACAAGUCGUAUUGAAGACGUUUGUAACGUCAUCAGUAGUGGUGGGGAUACCAUUAGUACCACUUCUUUAAAGUGUGAAACAUUUGGUAAGGGCCCAUAAUUAUAUUUGGGGUAUGCAUGAGAUAUUAAUUUAUAUGCUAUCAGUUGUCAAUUUACUAUGAUAAUUUAGUGAAUCAUUAAAUUAGUAACAGAAUUCAAUUUUUUUUCAAAUUUAAUAAGUUGAUUGAGUGUUGGUGGAGUCACUCAAUAAUGUAUGCAUAUUUAAAAUUAUGUUUUAAUCUCUUUCUGAAAGUUAAUAAAUAAUCAAAACUAACUCUUCAUUCAUUCAUAUUAACAUUUUCAUACCAUAUAAUUUUAAAAAACAUAACAAUUAUUAUGUGAUUUAUAUUAUUAACUUCAAUGUCUCGUUAUCUAAAUUCAGUAGCUUAUUCAAAUCAUUGAGGAAGUUUGUCAGGUGUAUUUGUUUCAUGUGUCUGAAUUUUGAUAUUAUUAAAAUUACUUUAAUUUUAUAUUAAGUAAAACUAGAUUACAUUUUAUUAAUGCUUAUCUUACAUUUUUAUAUAUUUUGGUUAUGGUUUCAACAUUAAACAAUUUUAUAAAUUGUCUAUAACAUUAUAAGAGUCAUUGAUUUUAGUAGAAACUGAGUUAAUUGCAUCCACAAAUUAUAUGUUUUAUGUUUGUGUUAAUAAAUUUAAUUUUAAAUAUUAAUAUCUUAUUGCAAAAAGAGCAAACUUAGUAAUUGAUAUCUAGUUGUUGGUUGAAUAUAAAAAUUAACAAAACUUAAUUGUGCCAUAUUUUUUCAACAAAAUAAAUAAAUUAUAAAAUUAAAUGACAUUAUAUUCUAUUAUUGACAAUUUCUUUAAUAUCACAAAAAAAAGCGCAGAGACUGCUGAUGAUUGUGCUACUAUUAUAGGUUAGAAGUAGGCGGGAAAUUUAAUGUAUCUCUGUAUGCAACCUAACCUUUGUUAACUAAAAAAAAGAUUUUGAGUGUAGUUCAGUUAAUAGUGUUGCUUUUUCAAUAAUAUAUAUAUAUGCCACAUUAUGGUAAAAUAAUUACAUAUGAAUUAUCUAUUUUCUUUAACUAAUAGUUUAAUAUUGUAUCUAUUUUAUCGUUUUUUACCAUGUUUUCCCCAUUUAUUUUCCGGUUUUCACAAUUAUUAUAAAAACUACUUAGAAAAUCAAAAAAUUAAUUGCUUAAUUACAAGAUGGAAAAUUCAACAAAAAAAAGUGGACAUAUUUUGAUUAAAACAAUAUCUCUGGUAGAAAACAGUAUGUUAAAAUGAAAAACAAUGAAAUUAAUAACGUUGUGGUGUACCAUAAAUAUUUGCCAUUUUUACAUAUUUUGAUUGAUAAUAAUAUUUAGACUCUUGUUUUGAAAAAUAUGUAGGGUGCACCAUUUUUGUAUUAGUGUUUAAACAUCAAAUUAUUAUGAAAAUUUAAAAAUUGCAGCAUUUAGAACAUGUUAAACUAAUUUUUAGUUCAUGACAAUUUGUCAUUGUAUACAGUGUUGUAUAUUAAAUUACUGUAAAAUGUUUCUUACCACCCCAACAGAGUAUACUCAUCAGUAGUAUUAACCCUUUUUUUUGUUUGUUUUUAGAUAAUUAAACUGUAUCUCUGAUAAAUAACAGUUUGACAGUUACACAUUUGUUUCUCUUGACUAAAUUGAUUAUUGAACAUAUAAAAGUUUAAUUCCAGGCUAGUUGGCCUUGCAAAAUACAAACCAGGACAUGACAACCCUAAGUUAACUGAUAAACAUAUUUUGAUUAGUCUACAGUGUAAUCGAAAUAAUUUAUAGAAUAUUAUUUAAAUUAUUAAUUAAUUAUAAGCCUAAUAUUAAUUUAUCUUGAAAAUUUCCAAUGGAUUAAAUUAGAUAUGUAAACAAAAAUCAAAUAAAUUGAAACUUUUUUUUAUUAAAAAUUAUAGUGGUUUUUAAAACACAAAGCAAUAAAUGUGUUUUCACUCUCACUAUUGAAUUAGCAUAAUUUAAUCUAAGUUUAUCAAAUAAAUAUUUGAUUCAACUACAUAUUAUACAAUUGUUUUUUAUUAUAUCCUAAUUAAAUUACAAUAUAAUAUAAUAGAGUGGCCAGUUUUAUUUGAUAAUUAGUUUAAGUGUUGGUUUUUUCUUCUAUGUCAAUGAUUCUAUUUGUAUUUUCAAAAAUUAUUAAAAUGUGAAUUUAUUUAGUAUAACAUAUAUGCCUUUUUUUUCAGAUAUACAUAUAUGAGUACAAUGGUGGAUGAAAUGUUCCCUGUAUUACCAAUGCAAGAAUUGGACUAUAAUCAAUUUAUAUACUGGCGUGAUCCAAUUCCUGAUAUUAAAUAAAGGAAAUUUACCAUUCCUAUUUUGAAAUUAUAUUUAAAUAUUUUAAACCGUAUAAAUAUAUAUAUAUUUGAUAUUUUACAUACAUAAGAUUGCCUUAGUGACUUAUUUUUCCUGUCUGAUAGUAGUAUAUAUUUAUAAUUACUUCUAUAUUUAUCAUAAUCUCAUCAAUGUAUAAAAAUGAAAUAUCAAGAAAAAACAAUGACAUUUAUUCAAUUUUUGUGAUAUAUAGAUAUAUGUAAGUGUAAUCAAAUAGUAAUUAUAUUUUGUAAUUUAUUUUUUUUGUGAUAAUAAUUAAAUUUACUAUUUUUAUUGGACUAGAAUGUUAUAUUAAUAAUUUGUUGUUCAAUAGUCUGAUGUAUUGUCACUAUUGUUUUGCAUUUUGAAAUACUCUUCGUUCAACUCCUGUAAAUUCCUUUCCAAACUUGCGACUUCAUCAAAUCGGUGUGCUUCCUUAGCUUGUUUGAUAUAAUUUUUUAUUAUGUUCAUCUGCUCCACCAUGGGAUUAUCAGAAUUUACAUUAGCAUUAGUCACAGGACUCCAUCCAUCUUCAAGUUUUAAAAUUGCUCCCUAUUUAAAUAAUAAUAAAUAUAAAAUACAGAUAUUGUAAAAUGUUACUUCACAUACUACUAAUAUAUUACAUUUUUUGAUGUUCUAUUUUGUUUAUUUUUAACUGAUAGAUUAUUUUUAUCCAUACACAAGUCUUGACCAUUGCGAAGGCGAGCAUCUAAUGCUUCACUAAAAAUUAAGUAUUAAGUAAUUUAGGAUUAUAAUAUAUAAUAAUAUAUUGUUAAAUAUAAUAAACAGAUAUGAUAAAUUUAUUUUAUGAUAUUAUACCGUUUUCUUUUGGCAAUUUCUUCAAUUUCCUGGUGAGAAGGAAGAGCGGGUAUUGCAAGUACUGUUGAUCGAACAUAAUGAAUCAUAGCCAAUUUAAUAUUUUUGGAAGUAGUCUUUGAUGAAUUUGAAUUAUUUUCCAUUUUCAAUAUCCUGUUACUGAACAAU